AGACAUUUUACCAAGUCAUACAACCUACUGAUACAUGAACGAACACAUACUGAUGAAAGACCCUAUUCCUGUGAUGUUUGUAAUAAAGCUUUUAGAAGACAAGAUCAUCUCAGAGAUCAUAAAUAUAUCCACUCAAAAGAAAAACCAUUCAAAUGUUUAGAAUGUGGUAAAGGAUUUUGUCAGUCUAGAACUUUGGCAGUUCACAAAGCCUUGCAUUUACAGGUACGUUUAUACCACUUUUCUUUUUUGGCGUUAACAGAAUUCAAUGUUUAG